AUGACAGCAAGGUUAUUGGAAUGGAAGCCAGAUCUGACAAAAGAAGUGGAUGAGAAAGGAUGGUCUCCCCUUCACUGUGCUGCAUACUUGGGUCAUACUGAAAUUGUGGAGCAAUUACUAGCCAAAUCACCAGAUAAAUCUGUAACUUAUCUUGGAAUCAAGGACAGCAAGAAAACAGCACUUCACAUUGCAGCUAACCGUAACCAUCAAGAUAUAGUAAAGCUGCUGCUGUCACACUCCCCAGAUUGUUGCGAGCAAGUGGAUGAUAAGGGAAAUAAUGUUCUUCACUCUGCCAUUAUGAGCGAGCGGUAUCAUGCUACUCGUCAUAUCUUGAAUGACAAUAGUUUGUUAAGGGUGAGAAGACUUAUAAAUGAGAAAGACGCUAAAGGAGACUCACCCCUCCACCUGCUUGCUUCUUACCAAGUUUAUGAUCCAUCUUUGUCAGAGGACAAUAGAGUGGAUAAAAUGGCACUCAACAAGGAUAAGUUAACCGCCCUAGACAUUUUUUCAAGGGCUAACGUUAAGCCAGUAAGGAUCCUAACCUAA